UGUAAUCUGUUCAAAACGCAACAGAUAGCGCUGACGUCGCUACAGAUUACAGUUAACAAACCAUAACAAACACGUACGAAAAGUUUUCACCGACUGGUCCCCAAAGAUGUCCAUAACGAAAUUCAAGCUAGCGCUUAUACAACUAGCUGUUGGAACCAACAAGGCCGAAAAUCUCCUAAGAGCCGGUCGAUUCAUACAGGAAGCAGCGAAAAAAGGAGCUCAUUUGGUAACUUUACCUGAAUGUUUUAACUCUCCUUACGGCACAGGAUACUUUGCUGAAUAUGCCGAACAGUUAGAGACAGGAGAGUCAUCUCUGGCUUUAUCCUCAGCAGCAAAGGAAAACAAAAUCUACCUUGUAGGUGGUUCUAUUCCAGAGAAGAAGGAUGGCAAGUUGUACAAUACUUGCACUGUAUGGGGCCCAGAUGGUGGUCUGUUGGCUGUUCAUAGAAAGGUUCACUUGUUUGAUAUUGACAUUCCCGGCAAAAUAAAAUUUCAAGAGUCAGAAACCCUCAGCCCUGGCAAUGAGUUGACCAGUUUUCAGAUGGGUGAUAUUUGUAAGGUGGGCGUUGGAAUUUGUUACGACAUUCGCUUUGCAGAAAUGGCUCAAAUCUAUGCCCGAAACGACUGUAGACUUUUAAUUUAUCCUGGAGCUUUUAAUUUGACGACGGGCCCAGCUCACUGGGAACUUUUGCAAAGGUGCCGUGCCGUAGAUAACCAGGUCUAUGUCGCUACUGCCAGUCCUGCAAGAUCGGAAUCUAGUUCGUACGUGGCUUGGGGCCAUAGUUCGGCAGUCUCGCCUUGGGGAGAAGUAAUCGCUUCGACCGAUGAAAAAGAAAGCGUCGUCUAUGCUGACAUUGAUUUGGAAUUUUUGGAGCAAAUCCGCUCUCAAAUCCCCAUCACUCAUCAAAGACGACCGGAUAUGUAUGAAGUUGUUCAGAAAAAGAACUAAGAUCGUUGAAUUGUUUAUUUCUACAACGAAGAUUCGAAGAUAUCGCAGAAAACUAUCAAUGCCUGAAAAAGACUAUAAUCGUUUACGUGUACUGUAAAGAGAAAACUUAAAUUGGGGAGUAGUGACAGUACACUUAAUUCAUUCAAAUUUAA